GUACUGCUUUAUGUUGUGGUUAACCUGACGUGGUGUUUGCAGCCAGGCUGCAUGCAGACAGUAACAGCAUGGCUUACGGUGCGAAAAUUGGUCCGUCCAUCCUGAGCAGCGACCUGUCCUGUCUGGGCAGCGAGUGUGUCCGGAUGAUGGAGUGCGGGGCAGAUUACCUGCACCUCGACGUUAUGGACGGGCACUUUGUCCCAAACAUCACAUUUGGACAUCCCAUGGUGGAGUGCCUGAGGAAAUCAGUAGGCCAAGACCCCUUCUUUGACAUGCACAUGAUGGUGUCCCGGCCGGAGCAGUGGGUGAAGCCCAUGGCUGCAGCAGGAGCCAACCAGUACACAUUCCACUUAGAGGCCACCACCAACCCUGGAAAUCUCAUCAAGGAGAUAAAAGAGAGUGGCAUGAAGGUGGGUUUGGCCAUAAAGCCUGGUACUACCGUUGAAGAGUUAGCACCCUGGGCUAACCAGAUCGACAUGGCUCUGGUCAUGACUGUUGAACCAGGCUUUGGAGGACAGAAAUUCAUGGAGGACAUGAUGCCCAAGGUGAGCUGGUUGAGGAGUCAGUUUCCUUCAUUAGACAUCGAAGUGGAUGGAGGAGUUGGCCCUGACACCAUUCACAAGUGUGCAGAGGCGGGAGCCAACAUGAUUGUGUCAGGCAGCGCCGUUAUAGGCAGCGACGACCCUCGUUCCGUCAUCACCCUCCUGCGCACCGCGGUGGCUGAAGCAAUUCAGAAACGUUCGCUGGACCGCUGAGAUGUCUGUUUUGUUGAUGCUCCACCUGCCUCUCCCAGCAACACAACACAGCAGCCGGUGGAAUAGACACUUAUGGGGUAGAGGCCAGAGAUCACGGUCAGAGCAGGGGAGGGGAGGGGGGCUUCUGUGGAGGUGUGAGCUCAUGGCCGAAUCUAAAUCGCUAUCGAUGUGAAGAACGCUGCAUGGUGCCUCUGCAAAACUUCACUUCAAACUUUGACCUUCAUCCUGUCCAGCCAAAAUCUCCUCUCUGAAUCGAUAACUAAAGUCAGUCUCAUCUCAGCACCGGGACAAACAUUUUACGGCCGGAGCUGAGGUUGCACUGUUUCCACAUCUGUAAACAUUCCUGAACAUAGUUUGAUUUAAGCUGUAAGUUUGAAUAUAAUUAUGGAAAUAAAACAGCCCAAGGAGCACUGA